UCCUCUUCAUCCUUCCACACACAUUCACCACUUUCUUGUUCAUUCAAUUAAAAGUAUUUCACACAGAAUAGUAACCAUGGCAUCUUCCAACUUGAGCUUGAAACUUCUGAUAGACAGCAAAACCAGCAAAGUCCUGUUUGCCGAAGGAGGCAAAGAUGUGGUUGAUUUUCUCUGCAGCAUUCUCUCCUUGCCUGUUGGGACUGUAAUCAGACUCCUCAAGAAACAAGGAAUGGUGGGUACACUUGGAAAUCUAUAUCAAAGCAUAGAGGAUUUGAAUGAUACGUAUCUGCAGCCAGACCAGAGCAAGGACACUCUGUUGAUGCCCAAAGUUGCCAACUCUGCCACAGACCUGCCUCUCUUGUUGCCCAAUCUUCAAUCAACUAAGGCGAAUAAUCUUUACAGGUGCAAUCGCAACAGCUACAGCAACUGUCGUAUGUAUGUGUCUGGUGAUCCAACUGCUGUCUGUCCUCAAUGCAAGUACCUCAUGGACACAGAGGCGACCUAUGUCGACAAACCCAAUAAGGGAUCAUCGUCUGCUGAAGGUGGGUAUGUGAAAGGGGUGGUGACAUACAUGAUAAUGGAUGAUCUAGCAGUGAAGCCAAUGUCUACGAUUUCCAGUGUUACUAUCCUCAACAAGUUCAAUGUCAAGGAUGUAGGUGCUCUGGAAGAAAAGGAGGUCAAUCUGUCUAUGGAUGAGGGUCUGAAGUUGUUGAAGGCUUCUUUGCUGACCAAGACUGCGCUUACUGAUGUUUUUCUUGGACAGAAGGAGUCUGAAGUUGAAUACUCCUUGGCUGACUUGGACUGCGCUGACUGAUGUUUUUCUUGGACAGAAGGGGUUUUAAGUGAGUUGGGCAUCUCAUUUUGCAUACCUAUUAGUUAACUACUUCAAGUACGAUAGUUGGGUCUGUAUGUACCUCCAUGAAGAUAUUUGUUUGGUGUUGUGUGUUUGCUUAUGCGACUGUGUUUGAUUGUCUAUCUUAGACUUUAUUUCUGCUGCUGCCUUUCUCAUGUUUCUGUUAAUUAGUAAAGUUUGUUGUUAAAGAAAAAAUCUCUCCAUUCCUGGA